GCAGGUUUUGUCCGGUUAGCAGUCACCAUGGUCGCCCUGUCGCUGAAAAUCUGUGUCCGGCAGUGCAAUGUGGUAAAGACGAUGCAGUUUGAACCAUCGACUGCAGUCUAUGAUGCCUGCCGAAUCAUACGGGAGAGGGUCCCUGAGGCUCAGACAGGUCAAGCACUGGACUUUGGCCUGUUCUUAUCAGAUGAAGACCCAAGGAAAGGAAUCUGGCUGGAGGCUGGCAGGACCCUGGAUUACUAUAUGCUGAGGAAUGGGGACAUUCUGGAAUACAAGAAGAAACAACGACCACAGAAAAUUAGAAUGUUGGAUGGAGCAGCAAAAAUGAUUAUGGUAGAUGACUCAAAGACUGUAGGGGAACUUCUGGUGACAAUAUGCAGCAGGAUAGGUAUUACAAACUAUGAGGAAUACUCUCUAAUCCGUGAGACUGUUGAAGAGAAGAAAGAAGAACCAACUGGAACUCUAAAGAAGGACAGAACUCUCCUC